UUUCACCUGUCAUUUGUCAAUGGAAAAACUGUCAUCCAAAAACAAAAAUAUUUAUUUUUCUGAAAACGGAAAAGUUGUUUUCAUGUUGACGCUCGAUAUUGGAUUACUGCGUCAAAUUUUACAAUUUUGAAUGGAGCGUCAAAUUUUAACAUAGUUUAUCUUUUUAAAUCGAGUAUUAUACAAAAAAAAAACUCAACCGAUGUUAUCAGCUGUUUACUAGUAUUCUGAAAAGUGCAAUGAACUACGAGAGUGCCAUGUCAAAAAGUAUUUAUUUUGCUUAUGGAAGUAAUUUAUUAUCAAAACGGAUUCAUCAUAUGAAUCCCAAUGCAGUGCGAUGGGGAAAAGGAAUACUGAAAAACUACGCAUUGGAUUUUGGUAAUUAUUCAACAUUUUGGAAAGGAUGCGCAGCUACAAUAAUAGAAAAACCCGGUCACGAGGUUUGGGGAGCCUUAUGGGAAUUAAAUGACGUAGAUUUCGAAAAUUUAGAUAAACAAGAAGGUGUGCAUUUGAAUAUUUAUCGUCCUAUAAUUGUUGAUAUUGAAACACCUGAUGGUAAAAUAAUCAAAUGCAAAUCGUAUCAACAAGUAAACAAGUACGAGGAAAUAGAUUUGACAAAAUUACCCGAAGAUCGAAGACCUAGCCCGGCAUAUUUGAAUGUAAUAGUUCAAGGUGCCGAAGAAACCGGCUUACCAAACGAAUAUAUCAAUUUUUUAAAAACUGUAGUUACUAAUAGUACAACCUAUAUACCAAAUUUUGAUUCGACUUAAUUAAAUAGAUUUUCAAAAAUGCAAUGGACAAUAAGUGGACCUACUUACAAAAUAAUGGCUUUUUUUAUGUCACUAUAGUGGCGGCUCGUGGCAAACUAAAAUAUUUUAGGUGUCCUGCAAUGUUUCCGAAUUAUAUUUUUUAAAUCACAAAAUAUAUUAAUAAAAAAUUUUAUUCAA